AUGAAAACUUCACGUUAUGCUAAUCUUGAGGCUUUUGAGUACAAAAGGGAGAUUGAAACCAGCAAUGUUAACAAGAGCUUGCACUCUUCAACUGUUUUGAGGCCAAGGGGAGUUAAAAAAGUUGAAUCACUUCUUGACACUUCUUGUUCAGAGAAUGAAUUUCCUGUCUUUUCUAGCUCUGAUAAAGAAAUUAAAUCCACUGAUGAUAAGAACAAGACAGACAGAUGUUAUGAAUUAAAUGAUGUGAGAAAUAUUUCCACCAGCAAGGAUGGUUAUAACAGUUUUAGCAACUCAUUUAAACUGUCAAUCAGGAACACUGCUGGUAGUUUGGAUGCCUGUAAUACAUCAAAUAGCUCCAUGAGGAACACAGUGACUGGCUCAUUGUUAUCGCUUGGAACACUUGAAAAUAAUGAAGGUGCAAAGAGAGAAGUUUAUCAAUCUGAUUCUAAUAGUCCAAAACACGGAGGACUGUUUGUGCAUUCAACACGCCAAAACAAUCAUCAAUCCUCUGUUGCUUCUACAAAAGGUGAAAGGAAAACUGGUGUAUUGUCAACUUUUACUUCUCCGAGUCCUAUUUUUCUGAAUAGGCAGUGUACCAGGAAGAGAUUGCAAGAAACCAAGGAAGCAUCAGUGGAUGAGUUAGCAUCGCCAUCAAAGAAUAGGAAGGUAAUCACCCUGAAAGGAAACUGUAACAGCAGAUUUGUUCUAGACAGGAGAAAAUCAAUGAAUGUCAAGAGAAGUGACUGUGAUGCAGCUGGUGCUCCUGUUAAUGACAAUUGCAAUACUAAGUCAUCAGCAUAUUCUAGCAAUUAUUUUGUCAAAGGAACAAUUGCAAAUGACAGUUUGGAUCAUAAUGCUAUGUGCGGCAUUGAAGUACACAGUGCAGGAAACAAGGCUGGUGUGGCUGUGGUUGCUGGAGAGACUUCUGGCUCAGGUGAUUCUUCAUAUCUCAGAAAACAUUAUUCAGAUAAAACCACAGAUCAGAUUUGUGUAUCAAAAUUUCCUACUAGGAAAGAUACCUCUGCAGUACCUGGUUGUUUUGAAAAUGAAUUGUAUUCUGAGCAAGUUGAUAAAGGCAGAUACAUAGAAAAAUCUCCAAAAGACACCAACAGCCAUCAAAGAGGGAAUCCUGGAAAGACUGAAUUGCUUCCAAUGAAAGGUAAAUCUAGUCACCAGUCAUUGACAUCAGAAUCUAACAUGAAUCCUGAUACAAUUGAAAUCCACACAGGAAUGUUAGGUUCUUCAAACAAGGAUUGGUUUUGUACAUUUGAUGCAUCUUUGGGAAGAAAAUUGUUCAUCAACAGUCGAACUGGACACUCUUCCUUUGAAGCACCAAAUGAAUUCAGUAUUAAAGAUGAUGACUGUUCAGUGUUAAGUGAAACUGAAUUUUGUGGGAAAGAAGAGGACCGUAGACAGCGUGUGCCACACCCGUGUGCCUCUCACUUGUCCUUUUUGUGUACCCCUUGGCUUCCACGGGAGGAUAGGAAACAGGAACCUGCCGCAGGUACUGAGGGUAAUGUUGAUCUUGGCUCUGUCGAUGAAAUAAUAUUUUAUAAAUGGAUUUUAAAAAGUUAGAUUUGCAAUUUUUUUCUACUCUUAUUUUGAGGUAUAUGCAUUGCUACCCAUUUUCUGGACUACAAGAGGAAAUUGAACUAUUGACUUUUCCUUAAAAUUUACCUCAAUGUCCUAUCUUGCAAACAGGUGACAUCAGAGGAGAAACACUUUAAUUCAGGGGUUUGACUGUGAAUAUAUGAAAAUCAUAUAUGUGAACUGUGGUUUAAGAAAUGCGUAUGAUAGCAAUAUUGGCAGUAAUGAACACUACUAAUAAUAAGCAGUCAUGAAAAUAAGACCUGAAAAAAAUUCAUGCCUGUAUGGGAUUUAAACCCACAACCUCUGUAAUCACCCUGCAGUCCCCUACCAACUAAGCUAACAAGCCAACUGGGAGCUGGUCAUUGUGUUGAUUUGUAAUAAACCAGUGACGCAAUGAAUAAACGACUGUGAAUAUAUGAAAAUCAUAUAUGUCAACUGGGACUAAGAAAUGAAUAUGGAAUUGAUCUUUGCUGUAAGAAACACUACUACUUAUAAGCAGUAGUGAAAAUGAGGCACAAAAAAAAAUCAGGCCUGUACAACAUUUGUUGUCUUGCAGUGUGUGUACAUGUAUCAGCAAAUUCUCUCAACUAGUUUGCAAGUAGAUGUUUGGCAACCAGAAGAGAGAACAGAACUUCAUUGCUAAGAGUACUAGUUCAAAACAUUUAUAUCUGGGCAAUAUGUGUGUGUCAGUUCCUUUCAAACUUCAGUUGCUCUUUAGAGAAACAACUUUGCAUGUUUAUGUACAUUUUAGGAAUGGGUGAUUCUCACUUGGCCUUUUUAUACAAGAAACACUUGGAAGAACAAGAAGCAGAAGAGAAGCUUUGUAAGUGGACUGAUGCAGGUGCCCUGCAAGCUUAUGAACAAGACCUACUUAACAAUGGAGGAAAAACUGUGACACAGCUGCUUGACAAUUGGAAAAAUCCUGUAUUUGCUGCUCCAGAAAAGGUCAGGAAAUGGAAUUUUAAUUACACUUGCAUAGGCACUAGUGGCGCACUGACAAUACAUAUGCGUUAUUGACCAGCUUUGUUUGGUCAACAUGGCUGGAUAUCGGCCAAGUUUUAUUUUGCAGUUUUAUGGCCAAAGACUAAUGCCACGUUGGAUUCACAACUACACACGUGUUUUGAUGCCAUACGUUAAUCGUUGUGAUAGCCUUAUUGUCAUAAACAACAAUCAAGCACAAAGCUUCUUUAUGAUUUUAUUCUGGGAAAGGCCAAAAAAUUUUCGAAAUGUUCCUCAGUAUGAUGUACUACACUGAAAUAAUUUUUGAUUAGCCACAAGUAAAGCAAUGGAAUGAAGAGCUGCACUCUUGCCAGCACCAUAAAUUGUACGGAAAGGGAAUUGGCAUUCCUUACUAAAGCAGCUUUGCAUGAGACUAGGAAUUUUUGGGAAACAUGUUCUAAAAUUUAAGGUCUACUAAACCAGUUAUGUUUCUUUCUUGAGAGAGCUGUCUGAGGUCAGCAAAGUCUCACUAACCCUUUUUGCGGAUUCUCACAAGUGGAGGUGUGUUUUUAAAAUUUUAGGAUAUACUUACGGUCAACAAACCAGGUUUGGAUAAAUCGCAGAUCUCAGUGCAUAAUGUGGCUCAUCCGUACCGUUUCACAAAAGAGAUGUUGACCAGCAUGAGGGUGUUGCGACAACUGGAUGAGAAAUUUAUCGUAGGAGUUGUAUCACAUGAAGGUGAGAUGCUUGGCUUAUCAAAAGCAGUCAUUCAUUUGGCAGAGUUCAUGACCAUUCAGUAAUUAUUGUUUGUGUCAAAUUAACUCGACAAGGAAUCGUGUAGUCUGAUCGUCUGCAUGGGUGCAGUCCUGCGAUGGACUGUUGUCAGUAGUGGUGACUGAUGUUUCUACAACCUGAGUGGAAUCAUCAUCAAAGUCAAGUGAAGAGUUGUUGUCAGUCGGGUGUACUAAGUCCUGUUCGUGUAUACUGAUUGGUCAGUUUAGCUGCGAUGUUACUGGCUAUAAGACUAAAGUGGCGUAAGUCGGUCGUGAUAGGAUAGAUUGAGAAAAUUCAACUUGAGGGCAUGGUUUGGUUUAGCACUUAAUACUCACAGCCAAAAUAUUAUAGGAAAUGUACAGAGGAAGAGAAUUGAUGGUGAAAUCAUUGAGAUCAUUGGGUGGAAAGGGUAAAUAAGUAGUCUUCUCGAGUUUAACAAGGGAGAAAAUCAAGACAAUACUGAUCAAUCAGAUGGUGACUUCCACUCGGGUUGCCAAAACAUUAGUCUUAGUCAUAUCUGUCUUUUGUGGACUACUCCAGGUGGUUGAUCAGACCACACGAUCAUAGGUAAUAUGAUGAUUUAAGUUUGUUGUAGUACAUCAACAACAGCAACAACUGCAAUUUACUUUAUUGUGAACUUUCGCUUUUGAGGGUUAACCCAGCUAUACAAUUAAAGAGUAUUAUUUCAAGAAGAAAAGGUUAUCAAGUUAAAUGUUCUUUUUGAUUUGUUUUUAAUUGUUUAAAAAAUGUGCAAUUGUGAAGGAAACGGAUCAGAAUACAGAUUAUGACAUGUUAAUUGACCUCAAGAAAGCACAGCACUGUUUGGGUGGAAAGAAGCAAAAGCAGGAAAGGUUCGAUAAGAGGAAAUUUUGAUGUGCAUGUAAGUAAGUGGAAGCCCUUUUACUCCUUCUAACUGAUACUUGUUGAAUUUUUCUGGUCUUCGAAAAUUAGAGGGAGCUGAUGGCUUACUCGUCCUGGUAGAUCAACACGCUGCGCAUGAGCGAGUUCGAUUAGAACGUCUUCAAUCAGGUAUGGUUGUGCUGCGAAAUUUUUUUUACGACAGUAUAAUGAUAGGUUUCCUUUAAGUUGUGAGUGUAUUAUGAUUGGUCAUCAGUGGUGUUACAAAUAAGGAAGAUAGAAACAUGAUUAUAAGAUUGAAUUGUUAGAAGUUGUGAUCAGAUUCCUCCUCGGAAAGAAGAACUCUUUAACACUGCGCCUUGUUCCCAUCUUGUGGCUUCUUAGCCCAGUUGUUUGUUGAGCCCAAUUAGUAUCCGGGAGACAUGGGUUCGAAUCCAGUCGAAGCCUGAAAAAUUUUAGCUCCCCUGUGAGGAUCGUUGCUUUACUUGAUACUUAAUGCAAUGAUAAUUGUCUUUUGAUCACAGAACUCUUUGGAGAUGGCAGUGACACAAAAACUGGAGGAAAACCCAGGAUCAAGUCCUCGACAGUCUCACCUCCUCUGAAACUUUGUUUUUCUCAAGAGGAAAUUUGGCUCUUGAAAGCUUCUCAAGCUGAAAUAGAACGUAUUGGGAUACGUUUUCUAAUAAGCCAAUCAUCAGAAUCCUCUGAGGACGUAUCAGUCCUUGUGGAUAGCGUACCGUCUGUUUUUGUCGAACGAGAGUUUUCUGAAGUCAAGCGUGGAAGACCUUCAGUUGCUGUCGAUAACGUGAAGGUAUCAAUUAUUUUAAAUGGGAGUAAACUCAAGUUUGGCAAAAGUUGUUCUUGUUAUAAUUAGAAAUACUUGUAAAUGAAAUUUAAGCAGAAACUUGCCUUUUCUUUUUUUGAUUUGUUGUGUUUCAAAUAAAUUUAACAUAACCGGGCCAUUCCUGGACAUCACUUAACUUAAACCUUUCACUCCCAGUAUUGACAACUAACCAAUUUCUCUUAACAGUAUUAGUACAUGUGCAACCAGAAAUGUUGGAGUGAUCUAGUCACAGGGCUCUAAGCUCAGCCGCCCCAGGGCAAGUUUUGAUGAAAAAAACGUUCACCCUAUUAAAACAAAACAACGUUUAAAUCGUAAGGAAAAAAAACACGGAAAGGGACAAUUUGAGCAAUAUUACAAGAUAAUUUGUACAAAUUUUAGCUCCCUUAAACGUUACAGCUUGCUACAGAUCACUGAGUACAGGUUUCCACAGAAAGGAGACUUUUACUGUGGAUGCAAUACGUAAAUUUUUGCUAGCGGCUAUGGAUACCAAAAUGGCUGUAGCGUAGAGUACUGAGUUAUCUUCCGUGUUGACUUUACAAGUGUCAGUCUGUAAUCUGUUACAUGUAAAGAACACCUGUGUUUUAAUGGGCAUUGUAUUUCCUGAUUAGGGGCUGAUCAGAGAACAUCUUGAAGUAAGUUGCACUUUUUGAUAAGGCUAAAGAUAUAUUUGCAUAUAUCAUUGCAAAAUUGAUCAUAUAAAACAGUCGUUCAUAAAUAGGUGCAACUUAGUCGCUUUGUUCAACACAUAAUACGGGCGGAUAUUUCACGAGUGGCUUAGUCUUUUCCAAGCCCAGUAGGAAGGAAGAAAAAUGCAAGCAAUGAGCAGAAUAUCUCCUCGUAUUUUUUUCAAUUGCUAGUAUUUUAGCUUUUAGUUUUGGAAAUAUAUUCAUUUCUCCAUGUGUUCAAAUCCCCUACAGGAUUGAAAUUUUUUUCAGGUCUUAUUUUCAGUACUGCUUAAGUAGUGGUGAUUACUGCGAAGAUCGCUUUCAUAUACAUUUUUUAAACCGCAGUUCUCAUAUAUAACUUUUAUUCAUUCACGGUCGAAUAAAUCGGAAGCGCUUAAAAAAUUUGUCUGUUAAAACCGAAGCCUAAAAAAACGGGAAAAUCCAACUUUGGAUCGUUCAGUGUUUGAUGUUCGAACAAGUCAACCUUCAGCCCUUAUAGCAAAUAGAAUGCAUCGCUGUUGUUGAAAUGAGUAUGAAUGUCUUGAAGCAAGAGGACUGGUAUGUUAACUGAUUUUUGUAGUCUUUGUAACUUUGGAGUAAACAGUUAUUGACACUUUAUUUGGCCAAAUACUUCUUUAAGGCAGUCAUUAGGGUGGUGCAGUCUGAAAGCAUUUAAUUUCUUAUAAUUAUAACAGGAUCUUUUGAUAUUGUCAACAGCAAUUUUCAAGGACACGCGGAGUACCUCCUGUUAUUCCCAAGGCUAUUUCUGAUGUGAUCAGCUCCCAGGCUUGCCAUGGUAUGAACAGAUAGCUUAAGCGCAGAGGUUUUUACAUACACGAACUUUUUCUUGCUAAAAACGCUGACAUGUUAUGAUAAAGAGAAGGAUUUCUCUGAUGCUUCUGUUGUCAAUUAGAAGUUGCAGCUUUUGAUUAGUAGCAAUGAGAGGUACCUGAAACGACUCAUUUAUUUCCCACAAACUAUGUUUGAAAUUAUUUCAUGGAAUUCACAUGUAAUCCUAGUUAUAGUUGUGUGCUAAAUAGUUGUCCAACAAUUCCUCCACUUGGAGAACAAGUCUUCACUCAUUCUAGCUGAAGGUAGAGAUAAACAAAAUAAAUGCUAUGUUUACUGAAGAAUACAUGUAGAUCUUAAAGUAAGCAGAAAAUGAACUGAUUUAUUUCCUGUUUCUUUGAUGUGACCUCAUUUUACAUGAAUUUCAACCAUUUUGAAGGCAUUUCUUUAUUUUGCAGGUGCUGUUAAGUUUGGGGAGCCUCUUGGCACAGCUGAGUGUCAGGAACUAAUCCAUAGUCUGUCUAAGUGUCAGUUACCUUUUCAAUGUGCACAUGGCAGGUAAGUGAUGCAACCACCUGAGCCUGUCAUUUUUCUGUAUAUACCGGUAUGCUUUAUUGGCUAACAUACAAGCACUAGGUUAAAAAUUAGUCUGGACCAGCGGCCAUAAUUUUUUUCAGGAGUCCUUGAAUAUGAGUGAAACUGGCAUGGGUCUCGAACUUAUCCAUCUUAUGACCCUCACAGCCUUGCAUAUGCGUGUGCAUUUUCUGAAAACUCAUUUAAAAUCCUUUUCCGAUGGCUUUAAAUUGUGGCACAAACGGAGAAGGAAAACCCUACGGCUCUUGAAGAUGCAGGCUGAGAGAGGAAAAAAAUGGUAGUCUCAUGACAAAAUUAUUAUUGACUGAGUUAAUUUGGGUAAGAAGGGAAAAUAUUUCGUUGUCGUUCAUCGGUACAGACCUUAAGACCUCUCGCAAAAUAUUUGCCCAUUCGGCCUUCCCGUUCAGUCAUUACGUGCAGGGUACUCGACUCAAUGUUCUACUUCGGCUUAAUAAAGUAGGGUUUAAAUGACUGUGGUUAUAUGAAAAUCAUAUUUGUGAAGUGUGGGUUAAGAAAUGUUGUCUUAUUCAAAGUAGGGUUUUCCACUUAAUGUGUUUGUCAGUCCUUUUAAUGGUAUAUGCAGUGCAUUACUAGGAUUUGCUAUUCUUUACUCAUUUAACUAUUUAAUAAUGACGAUGGUAUUGAUCAUGACAGUAAUGUUCAUGAUGAUAGUGAUUGCACCAUCGGUGACCGUUUGUUUGUUUGUUUGUUUGUUUGGCUUUUACAUAGGCCAUCUGUUAUACCACUGGUUGACUUCAAGUUUGUAGAAAAGAAAAUGAACCCCAAGGCAAGUAAAAGAACACCACCAACAAUUUUAUCUUAUAACUUUGUUUUUAGAUGGGAUUUGUGCAGACAAAUGUCAUUGUCAAGCGGAACGUGUCGUAUUUAGUUGAUUCACAAUUUUAUACAACUCCUAAGCCAAAUUAUCUAUGGCUGAGACCAAGAGACAAAGGGAAUCGAGAAUCAACUUCAGUGAAGUUUGCAACCAGAAUUGAUAUUGGUAUUAGGACCGAGUGGAGUCCAAUUAUGUCUAUAAUCAUAAGAGUGAUAAACAAAAUUGAACGACCGCGAAGUGGGAGUCUGAUUUGUUAAUCACGAGUUUGAUUACAUACAGAAUUGGACGACACAAAGUCCUGUUACCAAUCAAUCAUAACUGUUACAAUAUCCGAAAACAGCAAAUGCAUUUAGGACAAAUAGGUCCAGUAGAGGCAAUGCCUAAGUGAAAAAUUCCUCAACUUUGGAAAAUCUACAAUUUUUUCAGGAUAAGUGGUUGUUGCUAUGGUAAUUGUGAUUAAUUGUGUGAUUGGUGGAUUUGGCUGAGUGGACUUAGUAUGAUUGACUACUUCAACUGUCCGAUUACACGUGUUCGAUUACAGCCAACUGGCCGAUUAUACUGUCCGAUUACAGCUUUACAGAGUGAUAAGUGAAAAAUAACGCAGCUAAUGCACCAAUCACAUUUUAGGAAAUUGUACUGGUUAUGAUUAAACGUUUAACUGCCUAGAACAUGUGUUUAUAGAUACUGAAUAGAGUAAGUCCUUAUGAUCUUUUUUCAACAGGAAACUGUACACAGACCAACAUUAGCAAACCUGCAGCCUGUUCUAAAGAAAUAUUAGAACCUUCAUAUAUAAAAAGAGUGGUCGCAAUUGGUUAAUGUAACAUCUUAUAUCUGUUAUGUAGAUACGAGGUCGGUAAGCGGGUUGGUGUAUGCGAUUUUCCAAUUCUAUCGUGAUUCAUUAACCAGUUUUAUCAGAGGGAUUAUUUUGAUCAAAUUCGUUUACUUCUUAGUUUUCAUCGUUAUUUUAUUGUGAGAAAGUUGUUAUUGCUAUUAUUGUUUUAAUGAUACUAUAAUUUUAUUAUCUACUCUCAAGUACUUACUUACUGAAAACAUGAAGGACAUGAAUAUGACUCGAGAAAUUUUUGAGGAAGCAAAAAGUGAAAAACCUUACAGCAUUUUACAUUGGGACGUUGGGAAAAGGCUAUCUUACAAGGAUGUGUGAAUGGGCUAAGAGGGAGAGGAAGGAGAAAGCCUCUUCUGGCAACUUAAACAAGUUUCUAAACCUUACAAACAUUGUGAAGUGAAAAUUACAGAAGGAUUACGUUAGCAUUUUCCUUUAAGCUACUAGUCUGUAUUUCACUAAAAUCGAGCAUGGCAACUUUUCGCGGCAGUACCUCACUUACCUCCAUUUUUACCAAACGGUGCCAUACAGUGAACCACUUAUUCGUACUUUAUUAAUCUAAUGAAUCUAACGGUAGGAACGAGACGCCAUUCAUUUAAUUACCUGCGAGGCUCCACUUUCUCCUCUUUUUGUGUUUGUUUGUUCGUUUUUAUUAUUUUAUGGCAGAAUCUCUACUUUUUUUAUUCUUCCCAAAGGAUACAAGACAGCUAACCACUUGUAUGUAAUUCAUCGAUCAGAUGAAUCUGAGCAGAGAAGAGUGGGCACGACUCACUACCCUCAACUGCGUUCAGGGCUUCUGUUCUUUCAACCCUCCACCCCUCUAUCUCCUUAAGGACUAAAAACGAAAAAAUUGUUACUUUAGAUCGGGAAAAAAAUUUUGUAAAUUCGAUUUGGGAGUAUAAAAGCAGAUGGAAUUUGAAUACUACAGAUUUGGUGUCCAAUUUCUUUGUGCCCAGUUUGAUACAUCUACAUAUCUACGAGUCACAUUCGACUGGCUUCAGUUUUAUUUUUGUAAAAAUGCAUUGAUUUCCAUGUCACUGCACCAAAAUGUACCCCAUGACUUUGAGGUGUUGUUCUCCAUUAUCUGGCUUUGUUCCCAUAUGUCUUGAAGUUUUCAGGCUUCCCUCCUGUACCAAAGUCGAUUCUAGAAUCACAGCUGUUGCAAUGCUUUCUUUGGUCGGAAAUUAUGCCGAUUCUUGCUUUAGAAUAAAGACUGUAACCGACAGCAUUGAAACGGGCCGAUCAGCGCCUUCCACGCGUCACGACCUAAUGACUUGCCACGGUAUUGUCCGUCAGCGAUCGGUGAAUAAAGAGAGCUCGCCUGUUUUUGGAUGACAAUAAUCUCCAUUUGGUUUCCGAUCUUCAUACGGAGACAUCUUACAAUUGCCUUAAAAAAUAGACUGCCUUAGAUUAGCAAGAUUCUAAACGAGAACAAGUUUCCUUUUAAUAAAUUUGCCUGUUAGUCGUUAAAAUUCGAUCACUGUUUAUUGUCUAUGGUGUUAAAAAAUAUAUAGGCCUCGAAGUAUAUUUGCUGAAUAUUUACAAGACUUAUAACUUUCACGCCAGCUCUUGAAGAAUCUUUCACCAUUUUUUGUCUUUUUUGUUCAUCUGUUGGUUUUCAGUUCAUUACUAAAUGGCAUAGUGAAAAUAUAUGAUAAUCUUAAAAUAGUUUCGUUCCCAAACGAGGUCUUCAUGGUAACUGGGUGAGAAUCGAUAAUGUUUCUAGCGAUCUUAUGUAGCAAAACCAUCUAUUAUAACAUGAAAGCGAAUUUCGGCUCUUUAUAUGAUCAGGUAGAAUGUCAUGAAAGCGAUAUAAGGUGACCUACCUCGGUCACAACUUUCAGUAAGACAGACUAGCAAAUAAUAAAAUAAGCCUCGAAAUAUCUGAGAAUUUACUGGGAACAGAAAGACGAUAGCAGCAUUUUGGAAAUUUUAUUUUGUAGAGAUAACCCUCUUGGAACAUAUAUGUUAUGUAAUUUUGCUAAUAUCAACCAUUAUUUUGUGCACCAUAGCCUCAUUGUAACAUCCUUCGGAUUGAUAGGAUUUGUUGUUCUGUACUCAUUUACUUAUGUGAUGAUGAUGAUAAUAAUGGUAGUACUACUGGUGAUUGAUAUUUUUUUCACAAAGGCCAUCUGUUAUUCUAUUCGCUGACCUCAAGUUUUUAGAAAAAGAUAAAUGAACCCUGAGGUUACUAGACGUGCACUACUCAUAUUAACAUCGAAUAAUUUUGUGAUUAGAUAUGAAAUACGUUUUCCAUAAAACAUCGGGCUGUUAUGUAGCAUUCUAAUCAUUUUAGCAUUUCAAUCGAUAAACCAUUCAAACCUCGUAUUUGUUCAUGUCUCAGUCACUGAUCUGUACUGCCGCUAGAGAAAGAAUUGGAUGAUACAUUCGAUUCAUUUUGCGGAGAAACGUCCUAUUGUAACUUUAAUUAAGAAGUUAGCGAUUGCAAACCCCCUGAUCUUGGUAAUAUCAUUGAAGAAUUAUAUUUUUCAUCGCC